CCAGCCAGGCCAUGGCGGAGGUCCCCGGAGCCCAACGCUCGGUUCUCGCUGGCAGCCCGGAGCCCCGGGAUCCCCUGGAUUGCUGGGCCUGUGCGGUGCUAGUGACGGCUCAGAAUCUGCUGGUGGCCGUCUUCAAUCUUCUCCUGCUGACACUGGUCCUGGGGACCAUCUUGCUACCCGCUGUCACCAUGUUAGGCUUCGGCUUUCUCUGCCACUCUCAGUUCCUGCGCUCCCAGGCACCCCCUUGCACCGCCCAUCUGCGGGACCCAGGCUUCACCGCCCUGUUGGUCACUGGAUUCCUGCUGCUGGUGCCGCUGCUUGUGCUUGCCUUGGCCACCUACCGCCGUCUCUGCCUGCGCCUACGCCUGGCCGACUGCCUAGUACCCUACAGCCGAGCCCUCUACAGGCGCCGGCGCAUCCCACAGCCGAAGCAAAUCCCGGCCUCACCGGGGUCCCGGGCUGUUCCCACACCGGGAAAGGUCUGGGUUUGAGGUGCGUGGAGUCAAGAAUUCUGUCCAUUGUCCUCCUGGUCACGAAAGGACCUGAAGCAAGCCCAGGGCUAUUCUGCCCUGUCCUGCUCCUUACCACUGCCUGAGUCAGGUCCUAGCAUCCCUUUGACGGCACAGCAUCACCUGUGGACCCAAUGCUGGCGAAAAUUCCCAUGCCCCAGAAAAUCUCAUCGGAAUCCUGAACCUUUGGGCUGGACCCUGCACAUUUUCUUUCCCUCUCCUAGCGUAAAUAGGAGAUCUGGACCUUGUGACUUCCUUUGCUGGUGCAGCUCCUCUAAUAUUUACGAGACUGAGGGACAGGGCUAGAGAAGAAACCAUCACAAAUAAUAAAGAAUUUAUGAAAUGGA